AUGGAUAAACUAAACCUGUGGAAUGAUGACCCGGAGGAGGUUCUCUUUGACUUGGGCUUUGGAUGUGAUGAACCUGACCUCUCUAGCCGUAUUCCAACUCGAUUCAUUAAUUAUCAGUCUCGGGCGAGAGGAAUAAAUCUCCAGGUGUUUCUGGAUGCCCAGAAGAGCCGCCUGGACCUGGAGAAUCCAGAUGUUAGCAAUAGAUUUAGACAGCUUGAGGUCCUCCAGCAGGUAACCUUUGCAUUCUCUUGCUUGGUGGAAGCUUCCUCCCCUCUCAAAGCACUACCAGCAAAAGACAUGUCUCCUGAGACCCUGGAGAGAAGGAGGCGUGUGGGCAUUCUGUUCAGGCGAGCUUCAAAGAAGUCGCUUGGUCAAAUCUACAACCAUAAAAGUACAUCGGAGUCACAGCAACCCAUACCCAGUCUUACAGACAAAGUCUCCAGCGAUUUUGUACAAAGAAAGUGGAGUCCUGGGCAGGACAAGGAGUCAUCUGAAAUGGAAGAGAUCCACGGUUUUGGUGAAGAUAGUGUCAAAGGGAGCUACACUGGAAGCACAGGAAAUUUAGUGCAGAAUCUAAUAAGGACCAACAGCUGUCCGGUAGACAGCAGCAGUUUUCCAGAGGAGCCCUUUAUCCCUUCCAUCAUUCAGCCAGUGUCACCAGGAUCUGAUCUCAUCAAGGCUCUGUCAGACUUGUCAGAGGGAAACACUGACAGUCAGAGGAGCGAGGGGCCAGGAUCCUCUCCUUUCCCCCCUUAUAUCUCCCCGUUUCCCCUCAUCUCUUUGUGUCAGACAUCUUCUGCUGGUGAUAAAUAUCUCCCUUCCUCACCCUGUCCUCCACUAGUUCCUUUAAAAGCCUUUGGCGCUUCUCAUUCUCCUGCCUUGGUGGGUCUCCCAAAGUUUGACUUGCAAAUUCCAAACACAGAGACAGUACCAGAUCAGGAACAAUCUUCGCCUUCUUCCACUUCUGCAUUGCCGUGUGAAUACCUUCCUGCUUCCUGCUCCUCACCCAAAUUACAGAGUAUAACUCUCUCCAAAUCUCCAAGUUACCCUUCUCCUGUAUCAUUUACCUCUGUCUCUCCUACUUCCUCUCCCAUUAAAACUGUGGACACAACUGCUCCUUUCACCUAUCCCUCUAGUCCUUUUCAUGACCCUGAAGGCACAACAUGCUUUACCUUUUCAAGUGUACCUCCUCCUGACUCAUACUUCUCCCCCUCUCCAGAUGUGAACUGUCAGUUUUAUGAAUCCACUUCUACGUUUUCAGCCCAGUCAGAUUCCUCUGGAUGUCCAUGGAACAUACAUCCCAAAUGGACUGACGUGUCUUUGCAUGAAAACCUCAUCUCUGCUUCUGUUUAUUUAUCAUUUCUGUUUCCCUCUUCCCCUGAUUUACCACCCUCUGCCAUUCCUGAUUUUCGUUUUCCAACCUCUUUAGCCUCUUCCACUUUAAAGGAGUCCAUCUCACACAGCCUAGAAAACAAUCAAAAUGAUGCUGUUUUCCUAAACUCAGAUGGAAGAGAUCUCUCUGACUCACCUACCGAUGCACCAAAGGAAGAUGAUGAAAAACCCUCUUCUCUCUCCUUUCAGAGAGAAUUGGACAUGGACAGUCUCACUGCUCCAUCCCCUCUUGGUCCAAGUUCUUGUAAGUUAGAAGAAGGCGGUCAAAGACGGGCCGUCCUUCCUCCAAACCAACCCAUUCCAUGUUGUCACCCUGUCUUUUCCUCCCAAUCACAUCUGUCAGAUGGUCUCAUAGAUUUGGCCACUGGAAGAAUUUUGGACCCAACAGAGCGGUCCAACGCCCAACAGCAUAGGACAGUCCAGAACCAAGACAAACAUGAUGAUAACACACACUCUCCUUCAGUCUCUCCUAUCCAAGAUGUUAUUCGUGUUAAUAUGGAUCAUACCUCUUUGGACUCGGGACUUUGGACUCACUCAGAUGAUGCUCCUCAGAGAAUUGGAAGGAAAGCGGGAGAUAGUGAGAGACUCACUUGUACUGUGCAAAAUCAAGAAGCUGUGGUUGACAAUUCAGAUAUAGGAAGCUCUGCUGGUCUGUCAGAAGGUUCUUUACCAGUCAAUCCAAAAAUAUGUAGCCAAAUGGAAAUAGAUCUUAGGGUCCCGUCUCAUAGUUUGCACGAUGAGCUUUUGGCUAAAACUGAACAGGAGGAGUUUGGAAAAGUAUGUCAAAUGACUAAUAAUGGCAUAGAGCAUGAGUCUUCUAAAAGGUACAUAGUUUUACAUGAUCAAGUUCCAGAGGCAUGCAGCAGACCUGAAGUGAAACCCAAUGAUCUGAUUGAAAGCUUAGAUCAGGUUUUUGAAACCUCAGUGGAUAGCCCAGACUGUGAAAAUGUAGACAUGGAUGCUUUUUUCCAACAGCUUGAUACUGAAGGACAAGUCUUUUGGGCAGAGCCUAUCCAGGUUUCCAAUCCCUCCCCUGUGGAUGAAGAGUCAGGCAGUCUUGAAAUCUCAGACAAAUAUCACAGCAAUCCUUUAUUGCCUAUAGGCCCUGCUGCUCUUAAUACAUUUUCAUCACCAAGCAAAUCUGUGUCUUUAUCUUUGUCCUCCUCAACAAUAAUAGACACAGAGCAGACUUCCAGAAUGAAAACUGACUCCUCCUUGAUUCUUGCUUCAGUCCCAUCUCUGUCCGUGACCCAAAACCUCCAGCCAUCAAACCGCUCCGUUUCUGUUCAGAUGCUGUCUUCACAUAUUGCGCACAGGAAGGAUGUUCCCCUCAUUACUGAGUCAAAACACAUUUUCUCCGGUAGUCUCCCAUUGGACACCUCCACACCCUUCCGUGCUGUCCAGUCAUGGACAGACCUGCAUAUUCAACAAAAUGCUCUCACCAAACAGUUGUCACACGUCGCUCCUCAUACUGUACCAAACAAAGUGAACAUUUCCAGGAGUGCCCCAGAAACAACCUACAGACAUCCAGUCAUCUCUGUGCCUCCAUCUUUUCCUCUGCUGCCUGAUGACUGUCGGUCAAAAGACUCUGUCCCUAACAUGGCCCGAAAUUGUGAACCUGUGUCAGCCUCUGUGGAUACAGGACUGUGGCCUGGUGAACCACAUGAAGUGGACAAGAAAGGAAAAGAAGAUGAGGAGAAGCUUUUGGAGGGACAUCGUACAGCCACCAUGACAUGCUGCUGCUCCUGUGAUCAUCACUGUACCGUCUGUACUCAGAAGAGUUACAACAAGCAGCAAGCCGUGGAAAACAUUCCUUAUUCUCUGGAUGAGCUGGAGGAGAUGAUGUUGAGUCUGCAGCAUUUUCGCUCUGUGCUCAGUAACAUGGAGCUACAACUCUCUGAAGACCAGGCAGCAGUUUACAGCGCCCUCUCUGACAAGGACAGGGAGAAGGUUCAGGACAUACAGAAGCUGAGACAUGCAGUGAAGCAGCAAGCUGGGGAGCUGGAGCUGCAGUUACAUGAACUGGCCCAUCAGUAUGAUGACAGUCUGAAACUGAAGAUGCACAGACUGCUGGAUGAGCAGUCUCUGCUCUGCUCUCAACUCAGAGUUUUUCUACCUGGAAGAGUGCCCUCAUCAUUCAGCCCUGUGCCCAACAGGACAGUAGCCACUCAGUGCUGUCUCCCUCCCUGGCUACCAAUGCAAAGAAGCCAUGCCUCUGCCUGGACUGCAAGGAACAUGGAUUUCACCACACAGUUACCUCCUGGAUCAGAGAACAUCUGUGAGGGCCAAGGUGGUUCUCCUACUAAGGCAGACAAGAUCAACAUAGUGGGCUUCCUCCAGAGAGUAAGAAAACCAUGCAUUCAUUAGUGCCACAGGUGAAUACAAGACUUGUUCUUUUAAAUGCCACUGCAUUUGUACUUGCAUGCCAAAUGAAUCAUGGUAAUUAUCGCAUAUUCUGAUCAAAACAUGUAUUACCAAAACAAUGAACAUGCUAAUAUUUAGCUGCUAGUUUCAGCUACACAAUACUUUUGCUUAUAGCCUUUACUGUUCAGCUGAGGUUUUUAUGACAGCCAGGACUUCUGAGGCAGCACUGCAGUACUCUGUUGUUUGGCCAAACACCCCCGGCGGAACCUGAAGCUGUGUUUUGCCUCAACGUGAUGCUGAAAAACCAGUAAUUUAGAUUUUAGAGAUAUUUCUUUAACGUUUAUGUAACCAGGAAGUCCCUUGAGAUUACAAUCUUUUUUCAAGGGAGACCUAGCCCAAGAAAACACAGGUACAGGCUGGACGAUGUCAAGUUGUUGAUGAAUUUGAAGAUGCUGUACUAAAUUCAGAUGGCUCUCGCCCUCCUGCUGACGGGAACCAGCAGUCACCAACACCGCCUUGGAGUUGGCUGUUACACUGUAGUCUUUGUUGGCCACAAUCUUGUGUGUCUUGAGGAAGAGUGAGUUGUGCUGCAGUUCCAUGGUCUUACCCUUCAGAGACGGCGUUCUCCAGCUCCACCAACCCAUGAAAAAGAACCAUCGGAGGAACCCAACAGAAGCAGAAUGACCGAGACAACGGCAGGAAGUCAUGGAGCAACCAUCGUCAGAAGAAUUUUGCUGCAGACUCACAAACUGCAAUUGUUCUUCCAGCCUGCAGGGCCAUACAGCACAGUUCCCACAGCUACAACAGAGAGCAGUUUAAAUGAAUGCAACUCUGGCUACAUGCAGCAGCAGCGAUGCCUCUGCAGGCGGAGUGCUGUAUUGAAGCUGCUUUCUUCCAAACUAACACAUAGUAACAGCUGGAAACAUCCCGAACACCACAGGUUGAACCACAGCAGCUGAAAGUCAAACAGCGAUCACAUAUCCAGCCACAGCCUCACCAUCACAGCUGUUCACAGCCAGCAGCUGGACACAGCUGGACAUAGACCAUCCAAAAUAAACAAUGAGCAACAAUACACCACAUCAGUGUCUCCUUUUUGUGGUAUCUGCAGAGUCUUUCCUUAAGCUGACAGUUAAAGUUCGGUUACAAAUAUUAUUAAUUCAGACACAAGUGACAGGGGGAAAAGUAAAACACCUUAAAACAACCACCUUCUUUAACUAGAAAGUCAUCAUGUGCUGCUAUAUUGUUUCACAUCUGCUUUUGUGUGACAGUAUAAAAGGCUUGUCAGCAGUGCAACAAAAUAAAACCUAAAACACUAGCAUAUAUUCCUGAUGCAGUGCCUUCAGCAACAGACUGUUACACCCUGAGUGUAGGAAGGAGCAUUUCCACAGGUCCUUUAUUCCAACGUCAGUCAGAUUGUACAAUGCUGCAUUAAAAACUGCACUGGUCUACCUGUGUUACUGCUGCACUUUAUCCUCUUACAUACAUGUUUCACUCACUUAUGUGCAAUGACUGUUAUAACCUCAUCCUCCUGCAUAUAGUCUUCUUUAAAAAAAAAACAUCUUCUGUAUAUAAUGUUCUCUGCAAUUUGGCACUGUGUGCUUCCAAUUUAUUCUUGUACAGCCUUUAUAAUUUUUCUUUUAGAGCUGCUGUAACGGUGAACUUUCCCCACUGUAUGAUCAAUAAAGUUUAUCUUAUCUCA